AAAAAUCCUGAAGUCAUAAACAUGAUUCAUGAUAGAAAUUGCAAGUAUAGUCAAUAAAGACACUUAUUUUCUCAUGCCUUUUUCCCUCUUAUUUCUUUAGUAUCUUGCAUUGCAGACAAACUAACACAAGAAUUUUUGCAAUGGAAGGGUUAACUCCGAGUUCAUGCACUAGGGCUGAACUAUUAGAGAAGAAAACAAAAACAGAAGAAGCAUUGAAUUGUCCAAGGUGCAAAUCAACAAACACAAAGUUCUGUUAUUACAACAACUAUAGCCUCACACAACCAAGAUACUUAUGCAAAACAUGCAAAAGGUAUUGGACACAAGGUGGUUCACUAAGAAACAUCCCUGUUGGAGGCAGUUCUAGGAAGAACAACAAGCUCAUAGCAUCAUCAGCUAUAUCUUCAUAUAACAUGAUUAAAGGCCAUAAUCUUAGUUUGUCUUCUAAUAGUGUUCCUAAUUCCUUGAUGAUGAUGUCAAGUUCAAGCUCAAAUGGACACUAUUAUCCAUGGUUCUCCAUGCAGGAAAUGAAACCAAAUACUGGAUUUUCAGUUGGAGAGAUGAAGAAACUUUGCAAUACAAAUGAUCGUGUUGAACAAGUGGAACAUAAUGAAGAACAAGAAAAUUCAACAAAUGGAGUCAUAGGUGAAGGGUCAUCAUGGUAAAUAUGUUUGUUUUUAAGGUGACUUUUGAUGAAUAAGGAAAGACUCAGAUAUUCAAAGGUUGUAUUAUAUAUAUU